AUUUAAAAAAUUAAUAUUCAUCAUUGAUUUGUAUAGUAGUCUGCCAUCUGCUAUCCUUGAAACGAGACAUUUUAUUCGAAGAAGACUUGGUAAAAUAUAAGCGGGCACUAAGAAGUUUUAUUCUAGGUAUUUUUAGAUUGCUUAACUCGGAUCACGGUAUAUUUAUUAUCUAAAAUGGACAAGAGACUAUUGAAUGUCAGCGUAUUGGGAUUAGGUUUUAUGUUUGUUUUCACUUCUUUUCAAACCGUCAGCAAUGUCGAGAAAACUGUAUUGAAAGGUAUUGAAAAAGAAAAUCCUUCGUUUACCGGUGACGGAUAUACGAGUCUAUGCAUCAUUUAUGGAGUGUUUGCCGUGUUCAACUGGUUGGCUCCGGCAAUUAUCAAUGUGAUCGGAAGUCGGAAGUCAAUAUACUUAGGGUCAAUAUGUUACGUGGCCUUUUUGACGCCAUUUAUUUGGCCGUCCACUAUUCUACUGUACACUAUGUCUGCGGUGAUAGGUUUCGGCACGUCAAUUAUCUGGACUGGACAGGGAACUUACCUCACUCUAAACUCAGACCCGUCAACCAUAUCUAGAAAUUCCGGCAUAUUUUGGGCUAUGUCGAAUAUCAGUAUUUGUGUUGGAAAUAUGUUUAUGAUAUUGGUGCUUCGUGAUAAGAGCGAUUUGGAUGAAACGGUCAGGCGUUUGGUGUUCACCGUGUUGGCUGUGGUGUGCGCUUUUGGCACAUUGAUUUUGAUCGUUUUGCGGCCGUCGUUAGACGCCGAAGGAAGGGAAAACGAAGUGAAAAAAGGUGUAAUGGCGGUGAACCCCAAACAAGAACUGAAAGCCUCGAUGAGACUUUUGCUGACCACAGAUAUGAGCCUGCUGAGCAUAAUAUUCUUUUUUACAGGUCUGCACGUAUCUCUAUGCAGCGGCGUGUACACUUCGUGUAUCGCUUUCACAACGACCAUGGGCACCAACUCCAAACAACUGUUAGGUUACACGGGAAUCGUGAUUGGAGUCGGAGAAGUCCUUGGUGGUCUGUUGUGUAGCGUGCUGGGCAGAAAAUCGGCUAGCUCCAGCGCAAAUUUUAAUGGCUUAAGUCGUUCGGUUGUAAUAAUCACCAGUUUUUUCGUCAACGUUGUAGCGUAUGGAUUGAUCUUCGUAAACCUCCCAAAUGAUUCUCCCUUCGGCGACACUCACACUAAAUCAUUCAUCGAACCAAGACCGUAUUUGGCCAUUUUUUGUGGUUUUCUUCUGGGCUUAGGCGACAGUGGAUUCACAACACAAAUUUACAAUAUUAUUGGAGUAAAGUACUCGGAUAACAGCGCUUCUGCCACGUCAUUAUUUAUGUUUAUGCAUGCAAUAUCAGCGGCCAUCAGUUUUUUUUACAGUAACCAGUUUGGAUUGUACAUACAACUAUUCAUAUUGGCAACCACAAUGACCGUGGGCACUCUAUCGUUCCUUAAAGUAGAUGCAUCUAUUUUAGUUUAAUUAUAUUGAAAAACCAUUCAUAAAUUAUCACACGUGCGUUCAUGCACGUACAAUGUAUUAUGAUAAAAUAUGCAUAAGUGUAGUGCUUGAUCAAGGUUAUUUGAUAUCCAAAACAAAUUCAUUAAAAUAUUAUCGUCUCCUUUGAAAGUUUUUGGCUUUUUGGUUUUCUAUGUGAUUUUGUUGAUAACUCACUAACAACAAUUUUGAAAACUAAAGUUAUG